CCCAGCAGUUAAAACAGACGCUAUAUCUGAUGGGUUAUAGGAAGCUGCUCAUGGCGGGAAAAAUUUUCAGCAAAAAACUGUGCAUUAAUAUGCAGAGAUUUUGUGUUUUAACAAAACAUUCACUCUCUCAAAAUCUAUGUGGCAUAAUCGAGAACUGUUAUUGGCUGCAUCUGCGUCACGUUUACUAAAAUCUUUGGCGCGUUAAUUCGUCGUAAGCCUUCCAUUCGCCCUUCUCCUGUGAGCGUUGCGUCUCGGGUGAAUCGUGUGCAUCACGCGGAAUCACAACUCGACACGUAUCGCAAUCUCCCGUAUUUGACUGCCACGCGCCACCGCCACGGGUGGGGAUCCUUUUACAAACGUCCACCAUCCCCGACCGAAAACCGUUUGUGUUUUCAAUUCUGUGUUCUGCUUUGACCCAAACUCAAUUCUUCUCCCUCAAGGAAAAAGGAAAGAAAAAAAAAAAAACCCCGCAUAUUUUCGUGAUCGUAUUUUGUACAUGAAUUCCAAAACCCAUCAUUUCUAUAUACCCUCCAAUAUUGGUUUUCGUGGUGGGUUUUGUGGAAUUUCUGGGGGGACUUUGUAUAUUAGUUGUAUUACAAUUUGAUAUACAUAUCUAAGCAGCUGUGAAUUCCGUGUAAUUUUUUUGUGCUAAUUGGAACUUCGAUGGCCGAAGCUAAAGCUGUUGGUGGUGGUAAGAAAAAACAGUUGAAGAAAUCGAAAGAGGGAAAAGGUGGAAUGAGGAAAUUGGCAUCAAUUGGGGCAGCUUUGGUGGUGGUGGUGGUAGCCAUUGCUAUAACGUACAAUCAUGCUCAAAUUCACAAGUCUUGCCAUUGUUCUCAGGAUGCUCGUAAGUAUACUGGCAUUGUUGAGGACUGUUGUUGUGAUUAUGAGACAGUGGAUAGUGUUAAUGGGGAUGUACUACACCCUUUACUUCAAGAUCUUGUUAGAACUCCAUUUUUUCGAUACUUUAAGGUUAAGUUGUGGUGUGACUGCCCCUUUUGGCCCGAUGAUGGUAUGUGCAAGUUGCGUGAUUGCAGUGUAUGUGAAUGUCCAGAAAAUGAAUUUCCCGAACCUUUUAAGCGGCCGAUUCAGUAUGGUUUGCCAUCUGAUGACUUAAAAUGCCAAGAGGGAAAACCACAGGCAGCCGUUGAUCGUACUCUGGAUUCGAAGGCCUUUAGGGGCUGGAUAGAAGUGGAUAAUCCUUGGACCCUUGAUGACGAGACUGAUAAUAGUGAGAUGACAUAUGUUAAUCUGCAACUGAAUCCCGAACGGUAUACUGGCUAUACGGGCCCAUCAGCUAGAAGGAUAUGGGACGCCAUAUAUUCAGAAAACUGUCCAAAAUAUCCAUCAGGAGAGAUUUGUCAGGAGAAAAAAGUUCUAUACAAGUUAAUUUCAGGUCUUCACUCCUCAAUUUCAAUUCACAUUGCCGCUGAUUACCUGCUUGAUGAAGCUAGAAAUCUGUGGGGUAGAAAUUUGGAGCUGAUGUACGACCGUGUUUUGAUGUAUCCUGAUCGUGUGAGAAACUUAUACUUCACUUUCAUGUUUGUUCUCCGAGCUGUGACAAAAGCUGCAAAUUACUUGGAGCAGGCUGAAUAUGAUACCGGUAACCUCGAGGAGGACCUGAAAGCACAGUCUUUAAUGCGUCAGCUACUUUACAACCCAAAACUGCAGGCUGCAUGUCCCCUUCCGUUUGAUGAAGCUAAAUUGUGGCAAGGACAAAGUGGGCCGGAGUUGAAGCUUGAGAUUCAGAAGAACUUCAGGAACAUCAGUGGUCUGAUGGAUUGUGUUGGAUGUGAGAAAUGUCGUCUUUGGGGUAAACUUCAGGUCCUUGGUCUUGGAACUGCCCUGAAAAUUCUGUUCUCCAUCGAUAGUAAAAACCAUCCAAAUGAACCACUGCAACUGCAAAGAAAUGAAGUGAUUGCUUUAGUGAACCUUCUUCAUCGACUCUCAGAAUCUGUUAAACUUGUCAAUGAAAUUGGCCCUUCAUUUGAGAAGAAUAUGGAGGAGUUCACAUCAGAGCCUUCAGCGCGAGAAAUUAGUUUACUAGAAAGAGCGAGGCUGGCAGUAGGAAGAAUUGGGUUGACCCUUCCACUGUAGCUGGCCAUUGCUUUAUGAGUUAUGAGUUUUGGAAGUCCUUAUAGAGCAUUUAUACAUAAUACCAAUUGAGCUGCUGCAGUUGGAGCAAUAGUAUUAAAAAUGACUAGCCAUCAGAGAAGAGACUGUAACUUUCUCAUUACCCCAUGUAACAUUUCAUAGGAUCCUAAUUCUUGUUUUUUCAAAGUGUUUUGUUGCCCCAAAUUUGGGGGGAGGGGGGGCUUCGGAAUCUAGUAUGUUUUGUAAUGAACAGCGUAGACAUCAAUUAAAAUUGUUAACAGAAAUAAGUUGUGUCUUUACCAUUUAAGUGAUGAAUUCAUUUUA